AAAUUGGUAAUUAUGAAUUCUGUUGUACGAAAAAUGACAAUUCAGCGAGGACAGCAUGGGCUUGGAUUUAUUUUGUCAAGCCAAGGUCCAUGUAUUGUGAGCUCAGUAAACCAAAAUGGUCCAGCUGAUAAAGCAGGCUUAAAGACUGGAGAUGAAAUACUGGAAGUAAAUUCAGUUGAUGUUUCAGAUUUAAAACACGAGGAAGUCAUACAAACUAUUUUGCAUUAUAAAUCACAAUAUUUUGAAUUUAAAGUCAAGACUUUUUUCAAUGAAAUCGAUGAGUUGAAUUCCAGCAACGCGUCACGCAAAAACAGCCUUUUUGAUAACAUUAGUCGUGUUGUAAAAGGUGUUCGUCGUACAAGCCUUAUGUUUGGUAGUCCUCCUGCUGCGAAGAAAUUUAAUAAAUCAGAUGAAGAAAUUGAUGUUUUUCAAAACUUAUUUAAUAUUACAAGUGAGACUAAGCCUGUUCAAAAACCAAGACAAAUUGAUAAUUUAUCUCAUAGAAGAGUUAUCAGGGGCAGUGAUUAUGAUUUACAGGAAAGAACAAAUGAAUGCGAGUCCAUACAUACAAGUGAAGAAUCUUUAAAUAGAAGCUCCAUGACUUUAAUGGAUAAUAGUUCAACUCAAGCACUUAAUCUCUCAAAUUUAUUUGGAAUAAAAGACUUAGAAAAUUCAUUAGGUGAAACUGUUUUAUGUUCAAAUUUAACUCCGGUAAAAUCAGAAGGCUCUAGCUUUAACUCAGUGUACAAUGCAAUUGUUUAUUACCAAUGUACUGUUGAAAUGCCCAAAGUUACUAAUUUGCCAACUGCUAGUUUAAAUACACUGAAUAGUUGUGUUUAUAAGAUACAAAGGAGUUCAAAGUCAACACGUAGCCUUAUAUUGUUAUCGAUAUCAGCAUCUGGUGUAAAACUUUCUAACCCAAUGGGUAAAGAAAUUGUAACAUACCCCUUAAGGACUUUAGUUUUUAGUGGAAUAUGUUCGGAGGAUCGUCAAUAUUUUGGAUUAGUGACGCGUAAAGUGCUUUCUGAUCAGUCUCCGGCUUUGUCAUCUUCAAAUUCACAACAUUCAUUAAAAGCUAAAAAUGUUAUACUGAGCUCAUGCCAUGUAUUUAUGAUUGACCUUAACUUGGUUAAGCAUAAAGCUCACAUUGAGACAGCUGCACUGUUUCACAUAUCCUGUACAUCUGAACCAAAUGUUGAAGGAUGCAUAGAGUUCCCUUCUUCUGGAUCAUUUAUUUUACAGAAACUUAAUCUGUUUUAUGAGAAUAGGCAAAGAGACUCAAGAAACUCUUCUGUAUCAUCACUUGGCUUAUUCACUACUUCUUCGACUCCAGACAAAACAAUAAUAUCUAAUACUCUGGAACGACUAAGGGGCAAUUCUUUUAACCAAACACCAAAAGACACAAAGAAAUUGAUGAUUAACCCACCAUCAUCUUUAGCUGGUCUAAAUGAUGAUGAAAAGGAGGAAAUCAUUAGAGAAGUCACUACACAACUUGUUGACGUUGAUGAGAACAGUAUUUCCAGAGAGUACUAUCAAUUUCCUGGGAGGUCUGGAAGAAGGAAGUCGGCACCAGACACAGAAGCAUGCGCCAGUGUUGCACGAAGCCAUUCUCUUCACAAUGGAAAUUUACUGGCAAGUUCUUUGAGAUCAGACCAGCGAAAACCACCACUUGCACCAAGUAGAAAUUCAUCUAUUCCAAGAAAUCUUUCUGAGAUGACAUCUAAAAAUGGCUCAACCUUUUUUACUGGCAUCAAAAGAACGUUUGGCAGAAGAAGAAGUGAGGGCGUGGUUUCACCUAACCAAAACAUCAAGGACUUUUUGAAAGGAAACAAGAAAAAGGAAACACCUUCAAGCACGCUAAGAUAUGAACAACGCAAAGACACAAACGAAAAUGUGAAACGGUUGAGUCUUACAAGCGCGUCCAGCGAAAUUUCACUAAAUGAGCCGACCACUCGAGUUGAAGGCUGGGCUCGUUCAUUCGAACGGUUGUUGUCGGAUGCAGUGGGUGUGCGUUGUUUUCAGGAGUUCUUGAAGAAAGAAUUCAGUGAGGAGAAUGUUUUGUUUUGGAUAUCUUGCGAACGAUUCAAACUGACUAAAGAUCUAGAGAAGAUGAAGAUACUUGCAAACGAUAUUUACCGCAAUUAUUUGUCGCCAAAAGCUCCAUACCUUGUGAAUGUGAAUCAAGCUGCAGUGAAGAAAGCUCAAGAAAAUUUAAACACACCACACAGCGAUAUGUUCACCAUACCUCAAGAGCAGGUGUUUCACUUGAUGAAGUUUGACAGUUAUAAUCGUUUCCUGAAGUCCGAGUUGUACCAAGAAUGUUUGCAAGCCGAGACUGAAGAUCGUCUUUUCCCUUUUGAAGAUGAAAUUGAUGAAGAGCUAAGGAAAAAGCCUGCAUGGGUGAAAAAAGGAAAGACCAGUGCUAAUGAUAACGACAAGAAAAAGAACCUACUAAAUUUUUUAGGACGGACGACGAAGUCACCAGUUCCUGACAGACGGAAAGAUCGAUCAUCGUCUCUUGGUACAGUGGAAGAAGCGUUUCGAAGGAAUGGAUUGUUGUCUCCUGAUAAUAAUGGUCACACUUCGAAAGAUGCGCAGCUGUGGGAUGGUCUGCACUCACAAUCCAAAAGUUCGUUCCUGCGUGUCAUCUUACCUGACGGAACGUCGACGAUGGUGGUCGCCGAAAAUGGCCAAACUAUUAAACAAAGUCUGCAAGAUAUUUGCGAGCAGAAAAAAAUUGCGUUGCAAACGUUUGAUGUUACCGUUGGAUUUGAAAAACAUAUCGCUCAUCUUGAUAGCAGCAUCUCUUCACUGCAAGAUAAUGUCAUCUUCUUAGAAAGAAGAGUUCUUUUCAGAUUUGACUUGCCGAACGGUCGAUCGGUAGGCAUUAAAGCGAACCCUAGCAAAACCUUACGUGACGUUCUGCAUCCAGUGAUGAAGAAGAAUGGUUUUAACUUGGAUUACUACAAUGUGCACGUGAUGAAUUCGAAAACUAAUCUCUCUCUGGAUCUACCCAUAUCUGGUGUCGAAAACAAACGAAUCGUUACAAAGCUCUCACAUAAGAAACUAGAGAAACAAAAUUCAGAUGCAGCAUCCAAGCCACCAAUGCCGGAUUUGCGAGCAUCGUUUCGAAGGCUUCGCACAAAUAGUUUCAAGGAAAAUGAAAAACAUAAAGGGGAUAGGCGGGGUUCGUUGGAUCGCGUAGAUCGAGAUAAGUUAACUCACAAAAAGGCUGAGGAAUUAAAGAGCGAGGAAAAACUGUCACGGAAAUUUAGCAACGAAAUGAAGCAUUUGAUUCUUGGCAGGACGAGAAGCGCGGACGAUGAUGGUGCCAGUGCUUUAAUGUCAGUCCUUCAAAAAUCACAGAGUGGUCGAUUAGAUGACCAGCGUGGAAUGAUAACACGUGACAUCGAGUUGCCGGAAUUUCUCAAAGUCACCAACUUUAGCACGCCAUCUCCAGUCCGUAGCAAGCCAAUUACUUCUGUUGCUACUCACUCAAGUUCAGCACAAAGUAGCCCGUCUAGAGGGGCUAGUCAUUAUCCAGCGACUCCAGUUGUUAUUGAUGAAAACGUCGGUCACUUUUGUUCGGGUGAUCCCAUUCUUAGAAAAUCUGAUCUCUCCCUUUCGCUUUCUCUGAACAGUUCGUUAAAUAGUGGUCGACCAAGUCUUUGCUCAGUUAGAAGUUGGAAGGAGCUAUCGAGUCCUGAUCGCGAAUUAAUCGAUAAAACAUUUUUAAGCGGAGAAAAUGUAAACGGGGCUUGCUCAAAUGAAAACAAUAAAGGAACCUUACUUGAACUUUCACGUAGCGAUCCAGCAUUAAUAAAGCAACAUAUAAAGAAAAGAGUUUGCAAGGAAAAUUCUGCACCGCCUUUUUCACCGUUUCCGUUUACACCAGCAUCUAACAAGGAUCCGGAUGUAUUAGACGUUGAUCUGCUUUCGCCAGGCAGCUAUACAUCCACUCCUAAUAAGUUCCCUACGUCUGAUUUAAUACCAUGGACCUAUCGCGAUAGAGCUCGCAGCUUUGACGAAUGCGAGUUGAAGGGUGGUGAUAAACAACAAUCUAUUUAUAAUACUUUACCGUCAAAUAAACGACUACCAAUUAGCACGUUUAACGAGAACGAUGUGUUGCGCGGUUUAGAAGUAGCUGGCUAUGAAGUCAUACAAGAGCCAGAGAAUGAAAAUACUUUAACUUCAGAAGCUUCAACACCAUCUACGUUGGACACCUCCCGCGUCCAACCAAAUGGAAAAAUUCCUUCAUUGUCAAAAUUUACAGCACCAAAACCGACUGGUAUUUCCGAAACGCGAAAUGACUUACGAGAAAACGACAACGGUUUGAGGUUAGACAUUCACAAAAAUAAAACCAUCGACAGACUGGGUUCAGUUGAUAUCUUGGAGUACGAUUUAUCGCCCAGGGCCAGCGAAGUUCAUCGUUUAAAAGAUAUAUUUGAAUCGACAUCAAGUUCUGUUUCCCAUGAUAAUGUUUUUAAGUCGAACGUUAUUCCUACACCCGAAAAAGGAAAGUUACUAAAAGGCGAAACAAUACGGGGGAGACAGAAUGAAAAAAUAACCUUUGUGUGAAUAAUUAUUGUUUAUUCUAUUUAACGCUCUCUUAAUUAAACUACCGAGGUCUUUCCAACUUUUUUAGUCAAGUUUUUUUUGCAGUUGCUCCUACUGUAGUGUUUAGAAAUGGUCUUCUUCAAAAUUUAGACUUCCGUUGUUCAUUUGUUCACAUGCAUAGACAUUCCUAGCAUAUAUAUUCUCAAGUGAUCCAUUGAUAUAGUCUUAAUAAAUAUUCCAUACAUUGUAGUACUGGCAGCGUCCCCUUUGACACGUGACACAGUAAUACCAAGUUAGAAAAUGAAUAGGUUAAUCUAAAUUCUCUAAUUUUUUUAGGGAAAUUUUUGAAUGACAAUUUUACAUUUUAUGCCCAAUAUAUCUGAUGUAUUAAAAGGUUUUUCUUAAAAAAACAAAGAUUUUUUAUAUAAUGUUUUUGUGUAUAUAUUAUAUAUAUUAUAUAGAUGUUUUAUACUUAAGUUUU